GGGAGUUUAAUUUAUUAUAGCCCACGCGAACACUACAAAAUUGAUUUUGAGUAAUAUUUAGCAAUCGAUUAUAAGUGGAGAUAAUUCACCUACUUUAUCUGUGAUAGUGUAGAUUAGUAUAGUGAGGGGAAUCGAACAUUCUAGAAAAUUAGUUUUUUUUCUUUUGCUGUACUGGCAGAAAGUAGAAAGUUCGCAUACGUACCGCGUUGGCCGGCCACAUUUGUUUUAAUAAUUAGUAAGCGAAUAAGAAUAAUUGGGAUUUUUAAGAAGAAAAGUCGAUUAUAUAUGCAGCACUGGGUUUAGAAAUUACAGAGAAAUUUCGCACAGAAAAGAUUUAUUUAUUCCCGAUUGUUUGAUGCAGAAUCAGAAUAUAGAAAACAGCUGAUAGGUUCAAAAUUUUGACAUUUGAAGCCUUUUAAAUCAAUUGGGAUUGUGUUUCUUUAAAUGGCGAAGUGGGGAGAAGGGGAUCCUCGCUGGAUUGUUGAAGAAAGACCAGAUGCCACAAACGUCAACAACUGGCAUUGGACGGAGAAGAAUGCGUGUGCUUGGUCCACGGAGAAGCUGAAAGAGCUGUUGGCGGACUUGAGGAUCGAGAGUGAUCUGGCCAAGUGCAAGGUGAUGGCGGUGGACAAGUGUGACGGAGAGGCGGUGGUCAACAACAGGAAGGGGAAGCUGAUAUUCUUCUACGAGUGGGACAUCCAGCUGAAGUGGAAGGGCCGGAUCAAGAGCGGCGAUGGCACCGUGAUCGAGGGCACCGCCCACAUCCCCAACCUCAGCGAGGAGAACAGCAUCUCGGACAUUGACGUGUCAGUAUCCGUCACAGGCUCCAGUUCCACUGCAGAUAUCUUGAAGGACUUCAUGCGAAGCAAGGGGAAGGAGGUCAUUCAGGGACAGCUGGAGAAAUACAUCGCUGCUUUGAAAGAAGAAUUUUCUCAAGGCAUGAUACUUCCUAGAAAAGGGGAAGAAGGAAAGGAGAGCAAACCAGUGGUUGGGAAGUCUGACUUCAACAAGCAGCAAGGCCUCGUGAACAGCAGCAAGAAGGACACGAAGAGCGGGAAGGUGCACACGACCACGCUGAGUGUGCGGCAGAUGUUCCAGUGCACUGCACAGGAGUUCUACAAUGCCCUGACCAUCUCAGAGAUGGUCCAUGCUUUUACAUGCGGUCCAGUUAAGAUGGAUUUGAAAGAAGGUGGAAUCUUCGAACUAUUUGGCGGCAACAUACACGGAACAUUUGUUGAGCUGGAGCCGGGCAAAAAGAUUGUCCAGAGGUGGCGGUUGAAGAGCUGGCCAGAAGGGCACUUCUCGACCGUGACCUUGACCAUCGACCAGAAGGACGACCACACAGAAGUGUCCCUGGUGCAGAGUGGUGUUCCUCAGAGUGAACUGGACGUGACCAGAACAAACUGGGAACGGUACUACUGGGAUGCGAUAAAAAGAAAAUUUGGCUUUGGCUCGUUUAUCAUCUGAUGGAAUGCCACGUGGAAGUGCCCAGCUGUCGAGCAGUGGAAGUAUCGUCGUUAAUUUAUUCCUGAACCAGAGUAACAUGUCAGCCUUGUUACUUGGGCUGCGUCUCUUGGCUGAUUCGCUGUUGCCAUCGACAACUCUAGCUUGAAGUUAACUUCUGUGCAUAUUUUCUAUGCAAAUCUGCAGAAACAAAAUGCACAUUCUUGGCACCAAAGUGCAUAACAAAACAGAGCUCUUACCACUGAAGUGUUUGUCAUUGAACAUUAUGUUGAUAGUCAUUCGUGAAAUAAAUUUUCAUGUGCUUGUA